GGGGAGCGCGCGCAUAUAUCCGGGGCUCAUUCAUCUGUGCAGCGAGCUGAGAGUCAGUGUCGCAAGUGAAGAGGGACUCGUAAGUUAUCAGCAUCGAAGUAGCUUCACCAAAAGACGCAACCGAGCAGCUUUCCAGGCGGACGGACCGUUGAAGGGGGAACAACAACAAAAAAACAAAAAGCGGAAGGAUGCUGAUCCGAGCUCAGCCGGGAGCUGCAGCGUCACCUCGUCAGCGCCGAACACGGAUCCUCCUGUAACUUUUAAUGUGCUGAAGUUGAUCUCAGCUGUUAGUCGCUCUGUUCUGUGCGGUUCGGCUAAGUGCUGCUCGCCUGCCAUGCUUGGUCCAUCAGUCCACAGUGCGCUCUUUCUGUGCGCCUUCCUCCAGCUGUUCUCCCUGCUCGGCGGACAGGUGCCAAACUGCCAGGAGGUGCGCACAGUGUUUCACUCUCUGCAUCCGGGCUCCAAGUGGGUCCCCGAAAACCCAGUGUCAGGUGCGGAUCUGCAGGUUUGCCAAACCAAAGGCCCGACCUGCUGUUCCAAGAAGAUGGAGGAGCGGUAUCAGGUAGCCGCACGCAGCAACAUGGAGUCUGGUCUGCAGGUUGUCAGUGCUCAGCUCAAGCGUCUUAUCAUCCAGAACGCUGCCAUAUUCCAAGAGGCCUUCGACCUGGUGCUGCGUCACGGCCGUAACUCCACCCUGGCCAUGCUGAAAUCAGAGUUCCCAGGUCUCGGAGGUGGAGCCCAGAGCUCCGUGGGGCAACUCUUCUUGGACAUGUCGCUCUACAUCCUGGGCUCAGACUCCACAGUGGACCACAUGGUGGCGGUUCUCUAUGGUCGCCUCUUCCCCCUGACAUACCGCCGCCUGCUGGGGGGCAGUGUAUCCUCUGUGUCUGAGGACUGUGUAAGAGGAGCCUGGAAGGACUCAGGAGCAUUUGGCCCAUAUCCCAAACUCAUGAUGACCCGUCUGUCUCGCUCCCUCCUGUCCACAAGGGUCUUCCUGCAGGCGCUGAACCUGGGCAUCGAGGUUGUCAACACCACAGACCACCUGCGGCCCAGCCGGGACUGUAGCCGGGCCCUGCUGAGGCUGUGGUACUGCCCACACUGCCAGGGCAUGCUGGGGCCGCCAGCCUGCAGAGGCUUCUGUCAAACGGUGAUGCAGGGCUGCCUGGGGGGAGCGGCCGAGGUGCAGCCUCACUGGAGGAGCUACGUAGAUGGACUGGGGAAGCUGGCCGGUGCCAUGAGGGGAGAGCAGGACAUGGAGGCGGUUGUUAUAAGACUGCCAUCAAUGAUCAAACUGGCUCUCAAGCACGCUGUGAACGCCCGCACCCGCCUCAGUGCCCUGGUGAGCGGGAUGUGUGGACACACUCCUCAGCGGGCAUCUCGCUCAGUCGGAUCCCCUCCUCCAGAGCCUCCCGCUGUCGCUGCAGCCCGCAACACGCAGCCAUCAUCCUCUGACUCUGAUGAGACUUUGGCUGGCCUCCGCAGGGAGUUCAUAUCCAACCUGAGGGGCUUCAGCUCCUUCUACAGUGGUCUUGGGGAAGCACUGUGCAACCGUGAGCCUGCUCCAGCGAACCACUCCCUCUGCUGGAAUGGGCAGGAGAUGACAGACAGGUUUCCUGGGCCUGGCCUGAAGCGAUUGCACCCUGGCUCCGAGUCCCGAAGCAACAAGCCCCCUGAGCCAAUCAUCAGUCAGAUCAUAGACAAACUCAAACACAUCAACCAGUUGCUGAGGCUGGUGACGGUAUCGGAGAAGCGCUGGAGAGCUCGGUCACGUGGAGGUGGAGUGGACGGGUGGAGCGAUGAGGGGGAAGAGGGAUUCGAGAGCGGUGACUGUGAUGAUGAAGAUGAGUGCGCCGGAGUGUCAGGGCUGGGGCCGCCACCGAGACGCAAACGGUUACGCAUCUUUGCAGACCUUGCUGAUAACCUGGCAAUGGACGACUUCACCUUCCAGGAGCAGCUGCUGACCCCUCGCUUGGCCACAGCCGGGGUCGGAGGCGUCUCCUCACCUGCUGCUCCGCUGUGGAGGAGCUACCUGGUCCCGACACUCCCGGUGACGCUUGCUCUGCUCCUGCUUUGUCUCCACUGACCAGUGCACUCACACACUCCCAAUACAAACUCUGUGGAACAGGACUUACUGUUUUUAAAGCUCUGGUUCCCAAAGCAAAGUUCAGUGGCUCAUCAAAGGAAGCACGAACAACAACAAAAAAAAUGCUACAUUUCUCGUUAUCUGUCUCAGAAAUUGUUUUAUUCAAAAUCACUGGAUGUUCUCAAUAAACCUAUUAAAGCACAGCAGAUAAACCCACGGCAUCGUGUAAAUAAGAAACUCGCCCUCUGGUCCACUCCUACUAUGGUUAUUACAACAUUUGUGCCCUCUUGCCUCACCUCCUCUCUGCUCUUAUACAGACUUCUGUAUAAUAACAAAGAGACGGGGGGCCCUCAUCAUGAGACAGCUUUGUCAUGGACCUGCAAGUGAGGAGCUACUUGGAGAACAGACUCACACCAGAGCUUUUUCAGAUGGCCCUACUCCCAGUCUGCAGCAAGUUAUUUCGCUGCAGAAGCAAACUGGAAGAAGAAAACGUUUGCUACUCUCCUCCAUGGCAGUGAAUAAUCUCCUGCCAGGACUGGACUUCAGCUGGGGAGUUGUUGUGAACUCCUUAUCCCCAGAGGCUGAGGUUAAACCCUUAUUUAAAGAUGCACUGUACCUUAAAAUGCUCUGUUACUACUUAAAUCUCUCUCGUUCUCUCUCAUUGUUUGUGUCCUAGUGAUAGCUACAUUUUUCCAACUGAGUUGCACUCCAACUGUCAGUGUUUGCUUUAUUUCGUAACGCUGAUGAUUUUUUAACAGUAACAGCCCAAAAAAAGAUUCAAGGGCUAUCAUAAGAGCGUAAGUCUCCAAAUCAGCCUGAUAACUGUACAGAUGUGUGUUUCUAUGUGUUGGUGCCAUGUUUACAAAAAUAUGUUUAUUUGAACUAUUGGCAUAUUUCACAAGAAAAUGUGGUUUGUGGAUUGAAUUAUUGGCUGGACUGUGAAGCAUUGCUGCAAAUUUCUAGCUUAUUCUUUAGCACUGUGGGUAAAGCGAGGAGAGUUAUGAGAUAUAAAUAUGUAUAAAAAUAUGUGUAAAUUAAUUUUGUAAUGUUGGUCUGCAUUGGGCUCACACAUUCUUAAAGUCUGGACUUUGUAUUUAAUGAUUUGUUCUUCUAAGUUUUGUUUAAAUCAGAAGUCAGAUUUUUUUAAUUGUUUGUUUAAUUUUGUUUGGUUUUCAAAAUGAAAUGUGGUGAAAACUGGAUUCCAGCUCCCUUGUUUAGACUGGAGGACGUGUGAUGGAUGUUUGGAAAGACACUAAUUAAAAUUAAAAUCUGCUGCUCCCACACAGCUGAUUUCACCCAGCUGUGAGUGUAGACUGUAUGCACACCAGACUAUCUAUCCAUCCGUUCAUCAUUAGCUAUCCCGCUUAUCCUUGAGGGUCGUGGGAGCCAAUCCCAGCUGACAUUGGGUGAGACGCCCUGGACAGGUCGCCAGUCAAACACAGGGUUGACAGAUAGAGACAGACAACGCUCACGGUCACACCUAUAGGCAAUUCACAGUCACCAAUUGGACAGAAACCCACACAAGAACAGGGAGAACAUGCAAACUCCACCCAGAAAUGCCCCAGCAUUUGGACUAUUUGGAAAAGCACAGGUGUAACUAAUAACAACAACGAUGGCUGUGUUCCAUGUAGGUGUGCCAGUAAGUUAUGUCAGUGAGCCAGCAUGCAGAGCACCAGGCGUCUGACACUGCAACACCUAAACAGAAUGCAGUCCUAAAUAAUGUUAUUAGUUGUCAGACCUGGGAUUAGCGGUUGAUAAAAUUAAUGCCCUGUAAUAUGUUGAUUUUUUUGUUGAUGAGGAAAGUACAAUGUAUAAUAAAAUAAACAUGUUUUACUGUU